AUGUCCUUUAUCCAGGAUUCUUCCCUAAAUAAUUACCAAGAUAUUUAUAUUAAUGAUAGAAAUUAUCAAUGCAAUGAACCUGACAAAACCUUGAACCAAGACUCUUGCUCAAGAAAAUACCAGAAAUCUCAACAUCCAGAUGUCCAGAACAAAUAUAAAAAAUGUGAGAAAGUGUUUAAUCAAGCUUUAAAGCUUAUUAGCAAUGAGAAUACCCACAUUCAAGAGUAUUCUGACAAAUGUAAUGAAUGUGUAGAAGCUUUUACCCAGUCAGAGAAACAGUCUGAAAAUCAGGAAGUUAAUAUUAGAGAAAACUCAUACAGAUGUAAUAAACAUGAGAAAGUUUUUAGUCAGUCAUCCAAUCUAAGAAAACAUAACAUAAUCCACACAGAAGAAAACAUUUGCACAUGUAAAGAAUGUGGCAAAACCUUUGACCAGAGUUCACAGUUUCAACAAUAUCAGAAAAUUUAUGCUGGAGAAAAACCUUACAAAUGUAAAGGAGGUAGUAAAGUCUUUACUUGUUCCUCAGAUCUUACUGUGUAUCAAAAAAUUCAUAGUGGAGAGAAACGCUAUAAAUGUAAAGAGUGUAGCAAAGCCUUUAACCAUAAUUCAAGCCUUACUCAACAUCAGAGAAUUCAUUCUGGAGAAAAACCCUACAAAUGUAAUGAAUGUGGCAAAGCCUUUACUCAGCUGGGAAGCCUUAGACAACAUCAGCGAAUUCAUACUGGAUUGAAACCUUACCAGUGUGAAGAAUGUGGCAUAUCCUUUACUCAAUUGGGAAGCCUGACACAACAUCAGCGAAUUCAUACUGGAGUGAAACCCUACAAGUGUGAAGAAUGUGGCAUAUCCUUUACUAAGUUUUCAAUACUUCGACAACAUCAGAGAAUUCAUACUGGAGAGAAACCGUACAAAUGUGAACAGUGUGGAAAAGCUUUUAACUGUAGUUCAAACCUUACUCAACAUCAGAGAAUUCAUUCUGGAGAAAAACCCUACAAAUGUAAUGAAUGUGGCAUAUCCUUUACUCAGUUGGGAAACCUUAGACAACAUCAGCGAAUUCAUACUGGAGUGAAACCUUACCAAUGUGAAAAAUGUGGCAUAUCCUUUACUCACCUGAGACAACAUCAGCAAAUUCAUACUGGAGUGAAACCCUACAAAUGUGAAGAAUGUGGCAUAUCCUUUACUAAGUUUUCAAUACUUCGACAACAUCAGAGAAUUCAUACAGGAGAAAAACCGUACAAAUGUGAACAGUGUGGAAAAGCCUUUAACUGUAGUUCAAACCUUACUCAACAUCAAAGAAUUCAUACUGGAUUGAAACCCCACAGAUGUGAAGAAUGUGGCAUAUCCUUUACUCAGCUGGGAAGCCUUAGACUACAUCAGCAAAUUCAUACUGGAGUGAAACCCUACAAAUGUGAAGAAUGUGGCAUGUCCUUUACUCAGUUGGGAAGCCUUAGACAACAUCAGUUUUCAAUACUUAGACAACAUCAGAGAAUUCAUACUGGAGAAAAACCUUACAAAUGUGAAGAAUGUGGCAAAGCCUUUAACUGUAGUUCCAGCCUUACUCAACAUCAGAGAAUUCAUACUGGAUUGAAACCCUACAAAUGUAAAGAAUGUGGCAAAGCCUUUAACCGUAGUUCACAUCUUACUCAACAUCAGAGAAUUCAUAAUGGAGUGAAACCAUACAAAUGUAAUGAGUGUGGCAAAGCCUUUAAUUGUAGUUCACACCUUACUCGACAUCAGAUAGUUCAUACUGGAGAAAAACCUUAUAAAUGUAAAGAAUGUGGUAAGUCCUUUACCCAGUCUUCAGGCCUUAAACUACAUCAGCGAAUUCAUACUGGACUGAAACCCUACAAAUGUGAAGAAUGUGGCAUAUCCUUUACAAGGUUUUCAAUACUUUCUCAACAUCAGAGAAUUCAUACUGGAUUGAAACCCUACAAAUGGUCACAUCCCAGAGAACAGCUUCCCUUGUUCCUCCGCACUGCCAAGGGUGGGGAACUAAUUCCUUGGGAGGAGGCGCUGAUUACCAAGUCACCACGAAAAAGAGGCUACAGGACUCCGCUGGGGAAACAGCCUCCUUCACUCUCUACUCGGCCCUUCCUGAAGUGGAAUCUGUCCAUUUGGCCGGCGGCUCUGGCCACCAAGUCACAGCAGAGAGGUGACCGCGUGUCUCAGCUUGAAGAGCGGCCUCUUAGGUCACUAGACACUCUCAAGGGUGUGCGCUGUCUCCUUGGUGGAAAACAGCCCCGCUUUGUAGAUUCAACAAUCGGGCUCCUGCAGUCGUGGGUUUCAGACACACACCCACACACAUACACACUCGCAGAAAGAGAGCAAAGACGCCAGGGACUGAGUGGAACAGGGCCGCUGGAUACCGCCUGGAAACUCGGCAGCAAUAUCGCUCUUUCUCUCUUUUCCACCCUUUCGGAGGCGGGGCUUGAGUCUGCGGCUGUGACAGAUUGCGCAGAUUCGGGAGAAAAAGUGGCUGCGCGCGCGCCACUCCUCGCAGGGCGCUACCAGCUCUGCCGCAGCGGCAGUGGCUAUGACUCAGGUGGUCGCCCAGGGAACAAGUCCCCGCGGUUGCAGAUUUUGUGGUCCCCGAAUUGCAGCUGCCCACCCCCUGCUAGUCAGCGCUGA